GGCAAGCGACAGCCUGCUGCAACCGAGCUAUCAACCAAAAUGAAGCAAGAAUUGGAAGAUCUCAUGGCAGAGAUUAAGAAAUCUGCCAACAAAGUCAGAGGAAAAUUAAAACACAUAGAGCAGAAUAUCGAACAAGAUGAAGGGCAACACACAUCAGCGGAUCUCAGGAUAAAGAAGACGCAGCACUCGACGCUGUCCCGCAAAUUCGUCGAGGUGAUGACGGAGUACAAUCGCACGCAGACGGACUACCGAGAUCGGUGCAAGGCGAGGAUACAACGGCAGCUUGAGAUAACCGGUCGUGCAACGACUGACGAUGAGCUCGAAGACAUGCUAGAGCAACCAAACACUGCUGUGUUCACACAAGGGAUCAUCAUGGAUACCCAACAAGCGAAGCAAACGCUGGCUGACAUCGAGGCCCGACACGCUGACAUCAUCAAACUGGAGACUUCUAUCCGCGAACUUCAUGACAUGUUUAUGGAUAUGGCAACGCUCAUUGAGAGCCAGGGAGAAAUGAUCGAUCGUGUCGAAUUCCACGUCACUCAAGCUGCAGAAUAUGUGGAGACUGCAACUAAAGAAACGAAGGAAGCCUUGAAAUAUCAGAGCAAAGCACGGCGGAAGAAGAUAAUGAUUAUGCUGUGCCUACUGGUUCUCGGCCUCAUUGCGACUGGCUACGUCUAUAACACGUUCUUCUAAGCGGGGCAAGGGGCAGGAAUUUCAAAGAAGACGUCACAGCUGAUACCCGCACUCCCCCGGGAGCAUUUGUUUAAACUGCCUUCGCAAGCGCAACUCAGCGAUUUAUCAUUAGUCCUAGCCCUACAUCACUUCAAUGCAUUUUAGAAUUUAGAUACCACCCAAAUAUUCAAACAGUCAACAAAAAAUAUUGUAAAAAUAUUAUUAGGUUCUCAAUUAUAGAUGUAAAAUUUAGUUUAACAUCGAUAUUUUUAAUGUGUGAGCAAACACGGAUGGUGAACGUUUAGGAGACUUGAAACACUGGUAGGCUAAAUUGUUGAUCUAUUGUUGUUAUUUUUUUAUUAAAUGUAAGUGUGAUCGUGCAUUAGGUAUUACAUUUUGGUAAGUUAAAAAUCACUCAAUAAGUAGAUAUAAAUAUGAGAAUUAUUUAUAAUGUUAACAUACAAAUAUGGGACUUUUGCGGCGAUAUGUAGUGCUAUGCAUGUAGAAAGAAGAAAACGUAAUAAAGAAUCAAAUCUCGUGUUCUCUCGUCUUAUUCUAUCUCGUAUUGAAAUCAAAUUAUGCAGACACGUAUAACAAUAAGUAUUUUAUUAAAUGUUGCAAAAUAGGUUUUUACUUUUAGAACUAGUUACCAUUCCUUGAGAUAGAUUUAAUCAUUACCUUCAUAUUGUUUUAUUCUUUUGAUACAUAUAUGGAUAGAUGAAUGUGCUGAUCUUGGCUCACAAAGCUUCUUAUACUCAUGUACUCAUGCACUGGAAUCUUAUACGCAUCAAAAUUCAUUUAAGUUCAUUAUUCGUUUAAAAGAAUAUAGUGUAGCCUAAUUUAAACCAUAAAGGAUCUUUUAACCUGUUUCAGGAAUUCCUUGACAAGGAAACACUCGCACAAGCUCCCAAAUCAUAUCUAUACUCGAUAAAUAAAUAAUGCGCCAUUUCUAGUCUGUUUUUAAUCUAUCGUGUUAAAUGAUAAAUGUUACAGUCCCUGUUACUAUUGUAAUUAAGGUUUAGUGCUCAUUGUUGGAUCGAUUACGACGCCGAACUAAAUAUCUCUAGUUUCAUAUAUACUUCAGAUUUAAUCCUCUGUAAUAUUUACCUCAGGAGGUUCGUAAUAUUUUCGAAUUUGCUUGGAAUACUUGUACCAACUUUAAAUGUAAACUCUAUUUAAUAUUGUAAACGUACCUAAAUACAAGCUUCACCGUCAAUGGGUUAGCGGACCUGGCUAGUUGCCUUCAAACUACAUAAAUCUUAUAAUUGACAGUAUUAUCUUGCAGCACUUACACUCGAUAUCUGUGAUUGUGAUGCGGUCUGUCUGUUGUGAAGAGGUACGGUUAGUUUUGGAGACAUAUUGUAGUAUUACAAUCAUAUUUCUCUCAUCAAUAAAACGUG